AUGGGCACCGCUUUCAGCAGCAUUCCCGACGACAAUGAGUCGACUCGAUCGCCUUACUUUUUCCGCUCGGCUAGUGACCGUUCAACCGUCUCAGAGAAGGAUUCUUCAUACGUGGUCGACUGGGAGAAACCGCGGGAUGUCGAAGAUCCGAUGCAUUGGACGAUGAGGUCAAGAUGGGUGCAGAUUCUGCUUGUGAGUAUUUCGACGCUACAGGCGGCAGUUGUCUCAUCCGCUCCCGCUCCCGCCGUACCGAGCAUUCUUAAGGAGUUUAACGCCCCUGAGGGAGUUCUUACUUCUCUUGUUGUGUCUAUCUUCAACCUCGGCUUCGUCUUUGGUCCAGUUCUGGCUGCACCAAUGUCUGAAUUGUACGGACGAUACCCAGCGUAUACGAUCUCGAAUCUUAUUUUCCUUGCCUGUAACGCAGCUUGUGCUGUCUCGCACAGCCUUGGCGUCUUGCUCUUCUUUCGCUUCCUCAGCGGAUGUGCCGGUGCCGCUCCACUGUCCAUCGGAGGCGGUACGAUCGCCGAUGUUGCACCUCCGGCUUUGCGGGGCCGGGCCGUGGCCGUCUACUCCAUUGCCCCACUGCUAGGUCCCGUACUUGGUCCGGCAGCGGGCGGUUUUUUAGCCGAAUACUUGGGUUGGCGAUGGAUAUUCUGGACGUUGUGUAUCAUGGCAGGGGCCCUUGGUGUGGUCAUGAUACUGCUUCUCAGAGAGACCUCAGCGAAGACACUGCUCGAGAAACGUAGUAGAAAGAUAAGAAAAAUCACUGGAGACUCGCGUUAUGUCUCAGCUUUAGACGACGGCAUCUCGCCAGGGGAGGCUUUCUCCCGAGCUAUCAAGAGGCCUCUACGGCUUUUGAUUCUACAUCCAGUAGUUCUAGCUCUUUCCUUUUAUUUUGCCGUUGUCUAUGGUUACAUGUACCUCUUCUUCACGACCUUUGCAAUGGUCUUCAUGGGCCAGUACGGAUUUUCAGCCAGCUUUUCUGGCCUCACGUUCAUGGGGGUCGGGAUAGGAACCGUAUUUGGAACAACACUUGUCUCAAUCUGGAGUGACCGCAUCGCCGCAACGUUGCUUCUCAAAGAAGGAGUCAGGAGACCUGAAUUUCGUCUACCCCUCAUGGCAUACUCCGUGCCCAUGAUUCCAGUCGGGUUAGUUCUAUAUGGGUGGUCGGCGGAGAAAUCCAUUUUUUGGUUGGUUCCAAUGAUCGGCACAACCAUUGUUGGUGUUGGCAUCAUGUUUGUGUUCACCCCUCUUGCGUCAUACCUCGUUGAUGCAUUCAGCACACAUGCCGCCUCCGCUCUCGCGGCUUCCACUAUUUUCCGAAGUGUGUUUGGAGCGCUCCUACCCCUCGCUGGCCCUUCAAUGUAUUCUGCUCUAGGGCUUGGAUGGGGAAACACAGUUCUUGCUGCAUUUUCUGUUAUUAUGGCACCAAUACCCUGGGUGAUUUUGAAGAGAGGGCCGCAUAUCAGGGAGAGAUAUGCCCAUCGCAUGUACUAGAAAGCGUUUCUGAUAGCGAACCUACUUCAAGGUGCCAGUGGACUUCCCCAGCAACGUUGGGUUUCGGAAUAGUUCAAAAUACAACCACAGAGUCCACACUGAUAUCUACAAAGUCGAAAAGUUAACUCUCGGCUCCGGUGCUAACUCCUGCUUGGUCUCUUGAAAUAGAUAAUGAAGAUGAAUAAGUAGAUGGUUUGGGGUUCGAAACAUUUGUACAGGAAGACCUGAGCUCGAAACUGUAUUCUUUUUCCUCCCCAUUCCAUCGGACCGCUCAACUAGCAUCUACGUCCAGCUCAACAUCGUUUCACGCCAUCCUACAAGUCAAUUCUACUGCUCAAACAACGAUGAACAUUCUUGACCUAAGUCCUGCUUGGCAGAUAUUCUGGGUUCCCUCAAGUGUUCGCCUACCCUGUCCGAUACGAGAUCUUUGAACGAACCAGGGGGUUCUUCCAGCUGUUGCCGUCUGGAAGC